AUGUGGAAAACACCUUCGAUUCUCAGCGUUUUAGUAGCGCUAAUUUUAACAAGACUGACGAAAGCUGAUUAUUAUGAAUAUGAUAAAUACAGACAGAAUACUGCUCCUUUCAAAUGCACAAAGGAGGGUUAUCAUCCUGAUCCACAAGACUGCAGAGUUUACUACAGAUGUGUGGAUUGGGGCAACGGCAGUCCGUUAACAACCUUCAGGUUCGAAUGUGGAGUAGGCACAGUAUUUUCGAAGGACAAGGGAGAUAUUUGCACGCAUCCAGAAGAUGGCGGGCGACCUGAAUGCGCAUCUGAAAAUGCAAUUGAUUCGAAUCUGCCUGAAUCGCCAGAUACUUCUUCGCCCACAUGGACAACAACAACGAGAACGACUACACAGCUAAUCACGGCACAAACUUCUGUAACUAUGCGACCAUCUACUCUCACGACUGAAGUUCUUGCAACAACCACAAAACCAGAAAUAAUAACACAACCGCCACAAACGAGCCGACCAAUCUCAGAUCAAUCUGAAAAUAAUGUUAUUAAUUGUCAAAAUAGACCGCAAUGUGCACAAGAAGGAUUUUUAGCCGAUACAUGUGAUUGUGGAAAAUUCUACAGAUGCGUAGACGAGGGCUACGGAAAUUUUAGACAGUACGAAUUUACAUGUGGCGUAGGAACUGUUUGGGAUCCAGAAAUUCAAGCAUGCAAUCACGCCUGGGCUGUUGCAAGACAGAAUUGCAAGCAAAGCUCAGAAAGUGGAAGCGAAAGUGGAAAUAAUGGACAAUGGAACGGUGAUAUCGGAGAUAAUGGUGGGCAAUGGGAUGGCGAUAUUGGCUCCCCUGGUUCUCCAGGUACGGGUGGUUCUCCUGGUUCCCCAGGUACGGGUGGUUCUCCUGGUUCCCCAGGUACGGGUGGCUCUCCUGGUUCCCCAGGUACGGGUGGCUCUCCUGGUUCCCCAGGUACGGGUGGCUUUCCCGGAACUCCAGGAAGUCCAGGCUCUCCAGGUACGCCCGGCUCUCCUGGAACCCCAGGAAGUCCAGGUUCUCCAGGAACACCAGGCACUCCAGGUACUCCUGGUUCUCCAGGCUAUCCAGGAACGCCAGGUGCUUCAGGUACCUCGGGCUCUCCUGGAACCCCGGGAAGUCCAGGCUCUCCAGGUACGGCCGGUUCUGCUGGAACCCCAGGAAGUCCAGGCACACCGGGUACUCCCGGUUCUCCAAGCUAUCCAGGAACACCAGGUGCCCCAGGUAGUCCGAGCUCUCCUGGAACACCGGGAAGCCCAGGCACUCCAGGUACACCUGGUUCUGAUGGAACUUCAGGAAGUCCAGGCACACCGGGUACUCCCGGUUCUCCAGGCUAUCCAGGAACACCAGGUGCUCCAGGCAGCCCGGGCUCUCCUGGAACACCGGGAAGCCCAGGCUCUCCAGAUACGGCCGGUUCUGCUGGAACUCCAGGAAGUCCAGGCACUCCGGGUACUCCUGGUUCUCCGGGCUAUCCAGGAACACCAGGUGCUCCAGGUACUCCAGGCUCUCCUGGAACCCCGGGAAGUCCAGGCACGCCUGGAUCUGCUGGAGCUUCAGGAAGUCCAGGCUCUCCAGGUACGCCUGGUUCUCCUGGAACCCCAGGUAGUCCAGGAACUCCCAGCUCUCCUGGUUAUCCAGGAACACCAGGCUCUCCAGGUACUCCUGGUUCUGCUGGAACUCCAGGAAGUCCAGGCACUCCUGGUACUCCUGGUUCUCCGGGCUAUCCUGGAACGGCAGGAACACCAGGCAGUCCAGGUUUUCCAGGAACUUCAGAUUCAUCGAGCUCUCCUGGUCAACAACCGACAGGUGUUUGCACGAAUGAAGGUUUCUUUGCUGAUCCAGAAGAUUGUAGCAAAUUUUAUCGAUGCGUCAAUGUUGGCUCGUCCUUUACAAAGUACGAAUUUAAGUGUGGUAUUGGAACCGUCUGGGAUUCAUCUGUUGAGAGUUGUAAUCAUGCUUAUGCCGUGCCACAUUGCAAGCAGUCGAGCGAUGGAGCUACAAAUGAACCUGAUACAUCGUCAAAUGAAGUAGACAGUAUUAAUAAACCAGCUACAAGCGAAUUACCACCGGUGCAGUCUCCAGAAAGCUCAACUUCACCAACAUCUUCACAACCAGAGAUACAAUCAACUCAAAUCACUUCCACUACGAGUAAACCUGCAUCAUCUCAAACUACAUCAGUUUCUUAUUUGCCACCCGCUAGCAGUACAUAUCCGUCUUCGACAAUGCAAGUUACUGGAUCUGCCUCUAACCUGCCUUCUACAAGUCAAACGACUGCCGCUGUAUCGUAUUUGCCACCUUCGAGUAUUGCAACUACUAGCUCAAUACCUGAAUCAACGCCAGGAUCUGUUUCAUAUUUGCCACCUUCGAGUAUUGCAACUACUAGCUCAAUACCUGAAUCAACGCCAGGAUCUGUUUCAUAUUUGCCACCUGAUAAUAACACACCUAUUAAGCCAACAAGUACGUCGAAUCCUGUGUCGUCCACUACUUUUUCGCCUCAAGGUGGAAAAUCUGAGUGUACUGAAGAAGGAUUCUUCCCGAAUCCUGAUGAUUGCAGAAAGUUCUAUCGUUGUGUGCAAGGUGAGUCCGGACAUAUAAAAUACGAGUUUCAGUGUGGUCCAGGCACAGCGUGGGAUCAAUCUAUACAAACGUGUAAUCACAUUGCCCAAGUUCCGUGUUCGACGGACAGCAACGAAAUCGAUCAAAGCUCUAGCACUUCUAGUACUACAUCUAAAACUCCUGUCACAAGUGCUGCCACAACUGCUGCUUCUAGUCAAACUACUGCGACUACCUCGUCGUCUGCAGCUCCAAUUUCUACAGAAAGUGCUACAGUCGCUAGUACUUCAGAUGAAACAUCUACAGAAUCAUCGACGUUGGAAGCAAAUCAAAUAGAGUCUUCAUCAACGACAACUGCACCCGCUUCAGGAAAACCUGAAGAAAUUCAAAUGCCGGAAAGUUCUAGCACGGAAAGUUCAUCCGAAUCUGCAUCCAGCAGUUCAGAAUCAAGUGAAGAAUCAUCGUCUACCGAAUCACACGUACCAGAUUGUACGACGCAAAAGCCAAAUAACACGAUAGUAUGCAAUGACGACGGAUUCUAUCCGCAUCCGACUCGAUGUGACAAAUUCUAUCGCUGUGUCAAUAAUGGUAAUGGAUUCAACGUUUAUCAUUUUGACUGCCCACCAGGCACCAUCUUCGAUCCAAGUAUUAGCACAUGUAAUUAUCCUGAAUCUGUUUAUCCUGCAAGAGAUUGUACGACUGGAGAAGCUGCCUCUGUAUCUACUACUUCAAGUGAAGUCUCCGCAGAGCCUACGCCUCCAUCUGAAACAUCAGAACAACCCACGUCGACAGAGACUGAGGCUACAGAAAGCACAACUCAACAAACAGAAGAAAGCACAAGCGCAUCCAUGGAGACUACCACCACUUCGGAGGAAAGUACUACACGUUCUGAAGAAUCGACGUCAGAAAUUCCAGAAAGUACUGAAAGCUUGACGGAGUCUACGAGUGAAUCUGCCAUUCCUACUACGGAAGCCGCAACUGAUUCUAACGCUUCCGAACAGACUACUGAAGCCACUACCGAAGCUAUUACUUCCGCGGAAUCAACAGAAGCAACCGAGUCUCAAGAACAAUCCACGACAGAAGCUCAGGAACAAUCGACGACAGAAUCGCAGGAGCAAACGACAGAAUCGCAAGAAUCGACCACCACUCAAGACCAAUCAACAACUGAAUCGCAAGAGCAAGCAACAACUGAAUCGCAAGAGCAAGCAACAACUGAAUCGCAAGAGCAAGCAACAACUGAAUCGCAAGAGCAAGCAACAACUGAAUCGCAAGAGCAAUCAACAACAGAAUCUCAGGAACAAUCAACGACUGAAUUAUCAGAGUCGACGACAGUGGCACCAGCAGCUGCGGAACCUUGUGCUCUAGGCAAUUUGACAGAUGAUCAGAUAGCUUUAGUCUGCCCCACUGGCUUCCGCAGGCAUCCGAAAUAUUGUAAUCUAUUCUAUCAAUGCACCAGCGAGGGUAAUAUGGAAAUCAAGAUUCUUGUGCUGAGUUGUCCCGAGAAUACGAUCUUCGACGAGCAGAAGAUUCAAUGUCUACCUGAAGAUAGAAGUAGUCAGUCGUGCACGGGUGCUAAAGCAAGCGCCAGAUUGUAUAGAAGAGUGGAAGAUAGCUCUCUAUCACCCAUUAAAGUAUCGACAAAUGAACUUUGCCCGAGAGAAGGACACUUCCCUUAUCGACAAGGUUGCAGUAACACGUUUUACAAAUGUAAACGCGAUGCCCGGGACAGUUUACAGGGAUAUAUGUAUAAAUGUCCUGAGAAUUAUGUUUAUUGGUCGGUUUCUAGAACAUGCGAACGUGUGACGCGACUCCCAAUGUGUUCGCAUUUAACAAACAAAACCAAUUGGAACAAUCAAUUGCAAAUACCAACCGAAAACUUUAAUCUUUCCGCCCGAAUGCUGCGCUUUUCUUAAAUUCGAUAAUAUCGCCUAUUUCUAAACUUUUAUUAGAUAUAAGUUACAAGUUUGCCAUACAAGUUUACGAAAUAUUUGUAGAAAACAUACAUCCUCAGGUUAUUUGCAGUAAAUUGCAAUUCUUGUUGAAAAUUGAAUAGACAUAAUCGAUGCUGUAAGAAUUAGCAAGAUUUUUUUAGAUUUAGCAAAGAUAAAUGUUAGAAUAAUCGUGUAGUUAGAUGAAAAACGAUCACUUUCACAAUUACAAUAUUUAACAAUUACAAUAUUUCUGCCAUUGGUUAAUUUUUUUUUAUAGAAUAUUUUUAAAAUCAUGCUCAUUCUAAUGCAAAAUGUUCUCUUAAAUAGUGCAAUAUUACUCUAAUUUAUGAUAUUUCUUAGAACAUUAACAACAUGGCUACAGAAGAUCUCUAGAAAUUUAAUGUUAGAUCUUCGGCAGUCAUCUUGGAUUAGUUUUAUGAUUAAACUGCCAUUAUACAAUUCUUAGCUAAUAAUAGUUAUGAUAGUGAAUGUAUUAACAUUGCUGAAUACAAAUUGUAUGUACGACUUUGCAAUGAAUCAGC